AUGUAUCCCCAUCAGCUUGCCUAUCAACAACAGGACGUACCAGUGGAAUUACCAGCUGAAACAAUUCCUCAUCACGAUUACAUAUACCAGCCGAGCGAUCAUAUCUACCUUCCGCAAACUUUACCCCCUUCGCUUCCCAUGGAAAGACCAACACUAUCUCCAUCACGCCCCAUUCUCAUCCCUUCAACCUCAAUCACAGGCUCCCUGGAAGUAACUCCACCAUACCACCGUGCUUACCCUCCCAUUCUCAGCUCUUAUGGGAUCUCUUCAAAAGAAUUCAUGGCCAUCAUCGAUGCCCUGAACAUCGCGCUUGCUGAGCCAGCUCCAUUCAAAGCAAUGGAAGUCGCAGGCGAUGGUCUCGGCUUUGUCCCCAAUGAAAUCGCCCAAGGCGUUUCUUUGGGUCUCGGAUUAGCUGCGGGUACUGGAACUGCUGCUACGGCAUAUUUUCGGGAGAGAAAGGUGCUCGAGAGAGUAAAUCGUGACAUCUUCGCACCAAAGGGCUUGGUUAUGAAGACCGUCAAGGAUGAGGAAGUGAUGCAACGACUCAACACCACGGCCAAGAGUCUCGACCCACUACACCGGCUACAAGAAAUCUCAUCACAUGUUGAAGUUUUGUCUUUUGACGUUGAACCACCGAUCAGACACUCCAAUAUGCUGGAUCGCAUCAGCGCAAAACAAGCCGCCAUCAGACAAGCCGGCAAAGAGAAGAAGAAACACAAGAAGCAAGAAAAACGUCUUCAGAAGCGUGAGAAGGCAGCUGAUAAGUUUGGUCGCUCUGUUGAUUCUAUCGAUGAGCAGUAUAACUCCGACGUUGAAAGCCGGAUUGAGAUCGAGGCCAAGAUCGCGAGGUUAGAGGAUAGGAUCGCGGAGAUCAACAUCAAAGCAGAGGAGAAGCUUAUGGAGUCGAGUGAGAAGAAAGUUGGCGAGAUUGAAAAGAGACGAAGAAAGGGCUUGGAAGAAGUUGAGAAGGAUCGUGUCAGGUUGAUGGAGAAGCAUGGCAGGGCGAUCACCAAGGUGAAUAAGAAGGCUGAGAAGAAGGAUGAGAAAGACGAGAAGAAGGUGGCUAGACUGGAGUGGAUCAUGAUUCGAACUAUUUAG